AUGGAGGACUACUUAGGACUCUUCUACCUUAACAUAUCUGCACGUCUGGGCCCCAACUGGAAUGGUGAAGAUCCCUGCACUGACUCGGUGGGCAAUGUGACCUUCCUUGUGGUGGCUUACAGUGCCUUGAUUGCCAUAGGGCUCAUUGGAAACUCUUGUCUAGUUUUCGUAAUUGCUCGCCAGCGGGAGAUGCGCAACGUCACCAACAUCUUCAUUGCCAACUUGUCCUGCUCUGACAUUCUCAUGGCACUUGUUUGUUUGCCUGUUACUGUUAUCUACACUCUAAUGAACCGCUGGAUUCUAGGAGAGGCAUUAUGUAAAGUGACACCUUUUGUACAGUGUAUUUCUGUCACUGUCUCUGUGCUUUCACUGGUACUCAUUGCUUUGGAAAGGCAUCAGCUCAUCAUACAUCCAACAGGUUGGAAGCCAUUACCUUGGCAUGCUUAUCUUGCUGUGGCUGUGACAUGGGCUGUAUCCUGCUUCAUCUCCUUGCCAUUCCUUUCCUUCAGCAUCCUCACCAAGCACCCAUUUCAGAAUCUUUCAUUGCCGUUUGAUCCCUUCAUUGACCAUUUUGUCUGCACGGAUAGCUGGCCCUCUGAAAACCACCGUCUGGCCUACACUACCUGCCUCUUGCUGUUCCAGUAUUGCCUACCCUUACUUCUUAUUCUACUUUGUUACCUGCGCAUCUUCUUGCGACUACGCAGGAGGAGGGAUGUGGUGGAGAGAGCAAGUGGCGGAGAUGGAGGUCGAAGGGGAGGCCACCGUAGAGUCAAUAUCAUGUUGCUUUCCAUAGUGGUGGCAUUUGGUCUCUGUUGGCUUCCUCUCACAGUUUUCAAUGCUCUAUUUGACUGGGACCAUGAGCAGAUUUCAACCUGUUAUCACAAUCUUAUCUUUUCACUCUGUCACCUGGCAGCCAUGGCGUCAACUUGUGUUAAUCCGGUCAUGUAUGGCUUUCUCAACAGCAAUUUCCAAAAAGAAGUGAAGACACUGCUGCUUCGCUGCCGCUGUGCAGGCGGAAGAGACCGGUAUGAGAGUUUUCCACUCUCCACUGUUAGUACAGAGGUGUCCAAAGCAUCACUUCAGAGUGUCACCAAUGGAAACACUGCAUAA